GUUCGAGUGUUUUAACAUGGCGGAAAGUACUACCGUAGAGGCGCAGAGUCCGCGGGGUUGUGCGGACGGGGAGGACGCAGACCCCCCAGAAGAGGGGAUGGCAGAAACGCCGAGAGAUGAUCAGGAGCAGUUUGAGUGCCCGGAAUUGCUCGAGUGGCAAGUGCAGGUGGGGGCCCCUGGGGAAGAAGAGGCCUCUGGCCCGGUGGCGGAGGCCGAGGCGAUAGCUGCCGGUUGGAUGCUCGAUUUCCUCUGCCUCUCUCUUUGCCGGGCCUUCCGCGACGGUCGCUCCGAGGACUUCCGCCGGACCCGUGACAGUGCCGAAGCUAUUAUUCAUGGGCUGUCCAGUCUAACAGCUUAUCAGUUGAGAACGAUAUACAUAUGUCAGUUUUUGACAAGAAUUGCCUCCGGAAAAGCCCUUGAUGCACAGUUUGAAACUGAUGAACGAAUUACACCCUUGGAAUCAGCCCUGAUGAUUUGGGCUUCAAUUGAAAAAGAACAUGACAAACUUCAUGAAGAAAUAGAGAAUUUAGUUAAAAUUCAGGCUAUAGCUGUUUGUAUGGAAAAUGGCAAUUUUAAAGAAGCAGAAGAAGUCUUUGAAAGAAUGUUUGAUGACCCGAAUUCUUAUGAGCCUUUAAAAAGGAAAUUGCAUAAGAUAAUCUCUCAGAGAGAUACAUUCCACUCAAUUUUUCAGCACUUCAGCUACAACAACAUGAUGGAAAAAAUUAAGAGUUAUGUGAAUUCUGUGAUAAAUGAAAAAUCAUCAGCCUUUCUUAUGAAGGCAGCAGCAAAAGUAGUGGAAAGUAGAAAAGCAAGAACAACUCAAGAUAAACCUAAUGGUAACAAUGUUGAAGUGGAAACUGAAGCUAAUUUGGAUGUAGGAAAAAGUGUUAGUGACAAACAGUCUGCAACUGACUUCUCAGGGGGUACAGUGUCCUUAUUGAGGUGUCACAAGAAGCUCAUUCUAUCUAAAUCAAAACGCGGAAGCCAACAACAGGAUUUUAGAAGGGAAGAAGAAGGAAUGGAAAUUCUUCAAAGUGAAAGAAUGAAAAGACUCAGGAGACAAGCUGCUGAAAAUAAGAGACGACAUGUUUUGAAUAGUCAGCCAGAAACUUCUAAAAAACCACAAUCUAGGAAAAAACAGGCAUGGCUUUGGGAAGAAGACAAGAAUCUGAGAUCCGGUGUGAGGAAAUACGGAGAAGGAAACUGGUCUAAAAUAUUAUUACAUUAUAAGUUCAACAACCGAACAGGCGUCAUGUUGAAAGACAGAUGGAGGACUAUGAAGAAGCUAAAACUGAUUUGCUCAGACAGUGAAGACUAAAUGUUUUUGUAAAAGCUUGGUAAAAGGACAGUUAAAUAUUUUGGUCACUGCCUUUUGUUUGAAAGUCGGUGGUCAUUGAUGUGUCUUAAAAUUUUUGUCUAAAGCAUUACAGUAUCAUUAUAGUAUCACUUUGACUAAUACGAAGACUUACGCUAUAAGAGUAAGGUGAAAUGCCAUCAUUGCAUUCUUUAAGAAUCUUUUUCCUUUGAUAAAAUAUAAAUUUGUUGAACCCUUGUGCUUUCAGUAACCCUAUCCUCAAAUCCUAUUCCGAUUAAAAGAAAGUUGAAAAAAUAUAUUUAUUCCCAUUAACCUAUUCUGUGUUUGUAGGCUCACUUCAUCUUUGUAACACACAUUCAAGUGAAGUUUCUCUAUGACUUGAUUUAGGGCCUUAAUAUAUUAGUUACUAAUACAUUUGUAUAUAGAAUGAUGCCUGUAUAAAAGUAAUCCAUGAGUUGUAACAUACUUAAAUUUUCCUUUCAGUUGUUUCAUUUAGAGGAGGUAACUUAAAAAUAGUAAUACCCAUAGGAGGAAAGGUUUGUACUAUUAUCAAGAACAGCUUCAUGUCUCAUUAGGUACAUUUAACUUUGUUCCAGUGUUAAAACUUUGAUAAACAUGGUUUUAAAUCUGCUUUUAACCUGGUGUCAUAAAUGCCAGUUUCAUUGACUUUUUUUUCUGUAUUUUCAUUUAAUACAUCAGUAUUGGGCCCAAGUGGUAUUCUAUAAAUGCUUAAAUUAGUAUUACCCAUGAUCAUUUUAAUGUCUGUGGUAAUUGCUAAAUAAACAAGGUCAUCCAUAAUAUACUGAACAGU